GCCUGGUUAUAAAAGGGAGAUGUGCUCUCUUGUCUAACGCGGUUGAUUAACGCCCUGCCUAUUCUUUUUUUAUGCAAUGAUGAACUGUCACUUGAAAGUUGAAGUGAUGCAGUCUUUGGACUUACAUCAGAUUGCUGAGAGUCUACGUACCGGCCUGGAGUCUUGACGAACAGUUGGCCAGUGCUACGCUGGCGAAAUACGACGAGUCGACCACCAAAUCAAUGACCAGUCAUUCUUCUCUUCAACAGCAACAAAGAGACAACAAACUCUUGAGAAUAAUGGCCUGAAAGCACGGACCCGUCGCCAACUGGCCAAUAGGCCUCAGCCCAUCUCUUCAGGUUCCAGAGAGUUGCACCAACAGCCCCUUGCCCAACCCUGACGGAUACUACAGUACAUUACACUCUAAAACCAGGCUGAGCUCAUCGUUGGUUGGUGGCCACAUCCAUCAUGGGCAUGGAUGGAACAAGGACAAAUACGGCACCAGCCGCAUACGCGAGAAGCCAAUGGAACAUCGCCAAAUCCAUGUUGGUGUGUAUCGAUGGGCUGAGCCUGUGAGCACGGGACAUGGAGUAUGUGUCUACCGUCUACAGAGGCCCCCUUCGAUAAGCCCCCUACUCCGAGUCAGGCGCCUCCAGGUUCUAGUGGGAUUGGUCCUUUGAGUUCUCUUUAGACCCGUCCUGAUGCACCUAUUUUUUGUCCGAGGAGUGAGUGCUGCAGUGGUGCAUCAUGGCAGGGUCACAGUCAUUAAAGAAACAGGGACUAUGGGCAAAUUGGAGCUCUCCAAGUGAGACAUUCAGAGGCCUCUCGACGCAAUCACCCAAAUCAAUAAGCCUUUUGGUUGUCAGCUUGAUUUGCCAUCCAAGAUUGGUGGUAGUCAUAGUCAUAAUCAUAUCAGAUCAGCGCCUCACUCGCAAACAUGGAUAGGAGGAUUUCCAGAUCCAGGAAUCGGCUUAAGCUGUACCACGCAACACACGCACAUGUACAUGCACUGCGCAUGCACAAUCUCAUUACAUCGCAUUGCAUCUCAUCUCAUCAGGGGAUAAUGAGAUGAAAGGUGCUGGAUCGCAUUGGAUCUUGUGCAUCGCUUUCUCGGCCACUCCCGUGCUAUCUACCAUAUCAUGUGCAGCAGUUUACAAACGGGCUGAGGCGGUACUUGAAUAUUGGGCAACCCGAUUAAUCUAUUUGGCGGCUUCGAUCCGAAUUAGGUAGUCGUUGUCUCUGUGCACCCUCUGUCUGCCUUAUAGGAGGCAUCCAGGGUCUGACACUGACACUGAGUCUGUCAUUAUCUGUCUCUCACCCGUUAGUCUACUUGCACCAGCAUUGUCACCAAAACCUACCUACCUACUACCUAUAUUCAUCACUGCGGUUCUUGUUAUAUUAACAUCGCCAGUGUGAUCUGGUAUCUACACAAACGAGCAUCCCUUGUCAAGGGAAUCUCCCCAAGAUUCACCUUUAUUACUUCACAAGUUAGCGAAACCAAGUCCCGCUCCGCUUAAGAAUAGACUUGGGACUUAAGAACCGGUCGAAAACGCACCCCAUAAGGCAAUCUCACUACACCAGGCAAUAUCCUCUCAAAACCUGCAACUUUACCGAGGAAUUAUCAAGGACUCUCUUCGUUUUUUACAGGUUCCAGCACAGAGAGAAUCUCAGUCCAGACCUUGUGUUCCCGCGUCUGGCUAGAAGUAGCAAUCCUCGCUUCUUCAUCCAUCCGCUAUCACAUGUACCGCAGCAUCUUGAGCGAGUCGCUUCCUUUCGUCGUACCCGACGUCUCCAAGCCAGUUGGCUGGGUCCAUGGAUAGGCUAUAUCGUGGCCCUUAAAUGCAAUAUAUCACAAGAUUCCACAAACUCUUCGAUCCUUUCGCGCCUUGCCAUCAACCUCCAAUGAGUCUAUCGACGGAAACGCCCAGAGACGACAUUCGCUUUGUAAAGACUUUCGCAGAAAGAGGAUCUAGUCCUCGAUGGACUUUCACUUCUUCUCGUGGUUGAGACUUUAUGAGAAUUCACAUCAAUAUCUACUUUUGGGCCUAUUCCAAACCUCAUUCUCACCAAGGUAGUUUCCAAGAAAAGAUCUCAGCAUGGAGCCAUUUAAUGAUCAGGAGAAGCGGCAUCUCCUUGCCGAAAUAAUCAAACACAGUCAAUUAGAUGUCCAACAUUUGGAGAAUCUAGUUCGCCAUAUUGAGCCAAACUGGAUGCAAAUGCAACUCCCGAAUGGCCGCAACAUGGCUCAGUGUAUGGAGACAGCUCAGAACAUGUACAUAGGACAGCGUGGGACAAAGCGGAAAGCUAGCGAAGAAGAAUCGAGCACUCAAAACAACAUCGACGGCCAACUUCCCAGUGAUCAAGCUCUUUCUCUUCUGUCUCAACCUUCUCCGGCGCAGAACUCACCGGCAAACUUCCAACGCCAACCCGCUAUGACUCCUGGGCCCCAUUUGCAGCAACAUCAGCAACCCGAACAGCCUCCCAAGAAGAAAAAGGGCCGUCCGGCAUAUGCAGGUCGGGACGUGACUAGCCAGCGACCUUUCAAUCCUCGACUUAUCGCUCCAAAGCCAUCUGCACAAAUUCUACAGAAUUCUCACUCGGUCUUUCGUACUAUUGCUCCGGCCCCUCAAGCUGUUCUUCCGCCACGGCCCCCGGGAUCAUUGGAUAAUACAUACAGAGGUCUAAGCCGCGCACCUGUGGAGUUUCAAAACACGCACGGGAAUUUGGAUACUUAUCGGCCUUCUGUCACACCGUCCUCUGGGAUGCUUCAGCCAAAGCAAGCAGCAGGAAUUUUAGACAACAUACGGGUAGGUAAUCGCAUUUCGUCUGUUGGGCGUCAGCUAAUACUCUGAUAGCAUGGAGAACAGAUGUCUAACCGCCCGAGAUCCCUUAGUGAAGCGGUACCGCGCGUGCAAAAGCAAGAAGGUUCUCCAAACAAUCGAUCAAGCUCAUUGCAGCCGAUGGGAACUGACGACCAAAGUCGCAUAAUGCAAAGCAGAGCAUCAGAUCAGAUGCAAGAAACAAAACCAAAAUCGGAUAAGGAGACCACGAAUCGACGUCAGAGAAAGACUUAGGGAGAUGACACAAACAUUUCUGAAUGAGCAAACGAGGGAGAACAAGGGGGCUUCAUCGACUACUCGUGGGAUAGUUGAUACGAUAAUGCUAGGCAUGGAUGUUAAUGAUGGUCUAAGGUUGAUGAGGACGGCAUAGACAAAGGCCAAUGAUAAGAGAGCAGCUGGUUUGACUCUCACGUAACCUGUAAAGCAGGGAGACUAAUAGGCGUGAACUUCAGGACAUCUUCAGGACCGUAUACAGGCACCAAUAGACAGAGUUUAUGAACUAAUAACAAUUGUAUCAAGUGAGA